UGUAGUUUUCCAUGUUCGUAAUUUUUGUUGCCACCAUACCAAAGACUAUAGCAUCAAUCUGUACUUAACUGAGAAAGCUAACUUCAUUGACCUUUAGGGUAGCCGUAAAUCUGGUUUGCGUAAUCUUCUAAAGCCAAGUCAAGGUCACAUUUUACGCUUAUUGUUUACCAUUGUUUACAGUCGACAUCGUGAGUCAUCAAACUUUUCUCCAAAGGAUCAGCAAAGUAUCUCGAAAUUAUGUAUCAGCAAAAGAAGACAGAGGAAGUGGACAGUGGGUCUGACUGGGACAGUCUUCCUGGGGAUGUACCAGAGCCUUCAUCUAGCCCUGAUAUCACUCCACGACACCAACCAGCACCUCCGCCAGAUUCUCCCAAGGGUCAUGUACCUCAGAAGAGACCUCAAAUCAAGACACAGGCAGUAAUAGCAACUCCAGAGAAAACAUCUGUGACCAAUUCACCAGCAACACAGUCUAGAACCAAACAAGGAACCCCCUCGUCUCAUAGGCCUAGUCAGCUGUAUGGCAAAUCUGGGAUAACUAACUUUGUUGAUCAAAGUAUUAUUAGUGGAACAACAUUUAGUGACAGUGGUUUGGAGAACCGACAGAACAAGGAACUUAACCCUGAUAUCAAUGAAAACAGAUUAAAGCAGGGCAGUCAAGGUAGAAGAGAGGAUGGAAUCCACAUUGAAAUGAAUGAGGUUGAUUAUCAUCAACGUGAUCCACCAUUCACUGAUUUUCAAGCCACCCUUUCAAAGCAAGACACUGCAAAACAUGUGCAGAGUGAAAAACCCAAGGGAGGUAAAGUGAAGUCAUCAUAUUUGGCUGUCAAGGAAACACGUAAUGGAAAUCAUUCAUGGGAUUCAGACAGUGACCGAGAAGAAGAACCUGUGUCACACAGCAGACAGCAGUUAACACCUCGUCAGAAGAGUAAUUCUAAGAUGGCCAAUCAUGAAGAGAAAAACACAGAGCAUGAAGCAGUUACAGAGGUUAAUGACAAAACCCUCAGCUUACAAACAUGCUGUGUGCCUUUGAACACUGAGAAGCACAUUACUGGGUGCUCAUACAUGUAUCGUUUUGACCAUGGUCACAACCACUACUUAGAUGUUAGACCUGAAUGGAGGGAAGCAUACAUGAAGAGAGUUGCAGACAGGUCCGAAAAAUGGCUUCAUUACUUUUGGCAGGAAUUUUUCAGUACAGUUCGAAUCAUCACUGACUUUGCCUUCAUCUUUGUUUUGGAGCUUCUUAGGUUUAUUUUCCACUACGUCCUGCUUCGUCUCCUUGGAGGAAUCAUUCUUGUGAUCGGAGAUCAUUUCUUGAAGCCAUACUUAGCAUUGCUUUUCAACAGUGUCAUCCAACCUUCCUUCAUUUUCACAAGGAAUGUUUUGACUGGUGUUAGAAAUCUCUUACAACCUCUGAUGGACAUCAGCAAUACCUUCAUUGCUCAGUUGGGUACCUUACUAAGAUCAUUUAGGCUGUUUGAACUGAACUGGAAGCCUGUAUAUGAAAGAGGGCAAAAGCAUGAUGUUCAUGUCCUGUAGUUUUAAAAUGAGCCAAGCCUGAUUUUGAUGUGACAGUGAAAUCCACCAAGAGUAGUUCUAUUGUGCAGCUGGGGAUUCUCACUGUUGGUCAGCUUUCAUGAAGUUUUUGAAUUUGUUGUUUAUAUGGAUGUUGGAUGUACAUAACUUAUUGUGUACAGCAGACAGCAGGUUAUAUAUUUGCUGUUAAUUAUUUUUGAGAGAAUAGCUUGAUUUAGUGUUUUAAAAUAUUAAUAUAAUUAUGUUGAGAAGGAAGUCAGUUGCAGCACCAAGGAGAUAGUUGCCAAAAUUGAUAUGCAGCAGAGUUUUGUUUUGAUGAAUGAUGUAACUUCUCAUUUUUCACCAUGCAGCUGAUUCCAAAGAUUAACUAUCCUAUUCUAUUUACACCAAAGAUUUAACUUGAACCUUAACGGCGCAUUUAUUGAGACGUAACCAAGCACAAAUGAUGCAUUGUCAUCUUGCUAGAUGCUACAUGUACAUGUACAUAGCGACGCAUAAAAUUCCGAUAAUAAACCCUUAACUGUUGAAACA